AUGAAAUUUGCCAAGGAAUUGGACCAGGAACUCGUUCCGGAAUGGCGGGCGAAGUAUAUGGACUAUAAGACGGGGAAAAAGAAACUCAAAGCCAUCGCGCGAGCCCUGCAAAAAGCCAAUCGGAGUUCCAGCCACCCUUCCCUGCCCCAUGACGCGACACCGUCGUAUGGCAACGACCCGACGGCCCGUUCUCACCCUUCGUCAACCCCGUAUCAAGCCGCCAAGGAAUGGGAGGCUACCGAUCCGGCAUACAACCCGGCGGCGACGCCUGCCCGGAGCACCGGCCGCGUCUCCACGCCAGGACGGCGAACCGAGCGCCACCCGUUGCGGGUUCCCGGAUCGCGAUUCUCGGCCGUCCCGGGGACGUACGGCAGCAUCCUGGCAACGCCGCCCCAGCACAUUCCGUCGUCGGAUGUAGCUUCGUUCGAGCUCCCGGACCCGGCUAUCGAUCCGGCCGUCGACUCUCACGACCACCAAGUUUCUCCCAAAGAACACGGCCCCAACAAUGCGUCCCCGAGAAUGCCUUCCCCCUCCGUGUUGCGACACGACAGCACCAGAACCAUCCCGGGGGGGAUAGCCGGGCCAAGUCCUUCCCUCCGACGCACCGCCACGAACCCAACGGAGAAAGGGAAUCCGGGCCCGUCGACCACGAGAAAAUCUCAACUUUUGAAGCGAGUCUUCACCCAUCCGGAUUGGGAAUCGCCGGAAAAGCAGGCACAAGCAGGCGGUUCGAUGGGGGAGUAUGAGCGGCGGCAGGAUGAAUUUAUGGCCUUCCUGGAUGGCGAACUCGGCAAGAUCGAGUCGUUCUACCAGCUCAAAGAGGAAGAAUCCACGGCCCGUCUGGCCGUCCUUCGGAAGCAACUGCAUAUCAUGCGGGACCAGCGCAUCCAGGAGGUCCUGGGCAAGGCCCAGGCUCAACCGCAAGGCGACGACAAACCCCAGCCGACGGGGUUCGGUCACUUGGGCGGUCAGCGCAUCAAGGGCGCCUUCACAGGACGGCGGAUCGGGAAGAACUCCAAGGCGCUCGCGGGGCUGGCCACCCCGGCGGCCUUCCCGGCCCGAGACGCGGAGGGUGCUAUGAACCGCAGCGAUUUCAACCGCCGAGUGCCGAUAGAAUCGCCCAACACCGAGGUGUCCUACCGCUCGGCCAAACGCAAGCUGAAACACGCUCUGCAAGAAUACUACCGGGGCGUGGAGUUGCUGAAGGGCUAUGCCUACCUCAAUCGGACCGCCUUCCGGAAGAUCAACAAGAAGUACGACAAGGUCGUCGACGCUCGCCCCACCAUGCGCUACAUGUCUGAAAAGGUCAACAAGGCGUGGUUUGUGCAGAGUGAAGUGACGGAGAACCUUAUGACGGCCACGGAGGACCUCUACGCCCGCUAUUUUGAACGCGGGAACCGGAAGAUUGCCGCCUCCAAGUUGCGCCGCACGGUCAAGAAGACCUCUGACUACUCGCCCAACACCUUCCGCUCCGGCCUUCUCCUGAUGGCCGGCGUGCUGUUUGGGAUCCAGGGUUUGAUCUACGCCGGCCAGCACCUCAACCAUUCGGAUGCUACCAUCAAAAUGCAUACCAGUUAUCUCCUCCAGAUCUAUGGUGGCUAUUUCCUUAUCGUCUUUCAUUUCUUGUUAUUUUGUCUAGACUGUCUGGUCUGGACGAGAUCCAAAAUCAACUAUGUUUUUAUAUUCGAAUAUGACGCGCGAUAUGCCUUAGAUUGGCGGCAAUUGACAGAAUGGCGUCUCCUUCUCGCCGGAUUCUAUCCAGUGGAGUUUCGGGAUUUCUUCCUCGGGGACAUGUACUGUUCCCAGACCUAUAGCAUGGGGAAUAUUGAGCUCUUCUUUUGUCUCUACGCACACCAUUGGACGGAUUCCCUGGAGUGCAAUUCGUCCGAGUCCCGGCUCCUGGGAUUCUUCACGACCGUCCCAUCCAUCCUGAGAGCUCUGCAGUGCUUGCGCCGAUAUGCCGACACGAGGAAUAUCUUCCCGCACUUGCUCAAUUUUGGAAAGUACAUGUUUGGCGUCCUCUACUACGCGACCUUGAGCAUGUAUCGUAUCGACCGAGUAUCCCGGUUCGAGGCCCCGUUCAUCACAUUCGCCCUGCUAAACGCGGUAUAUGUCUCCGUCUGGGACCUCGCCAUGGAUUGGAGUCUGGGAAACCCGUACGCCAAGCACCCCCUUCUGCGCGAGGCGCUCGCAUUCCGGAGGGUGUGGGUCUACUAUGCGGCCAUGGCCCUUGAUGUGGUCGUCCGGUUCAACUGGAUAUUCUACGCCAUAUUUGCACACGACGUGCAGCAUUCCGCGGUCCUCAGUUUUGUCGUGUCGUUCUCCGAAAUCUGCCGCAGGGGCAUCUGGACGAUCUUCCGGGUGGAGAAUGAGCACUGCUCCAACGUCCUCCUGUUCCGUGCGUCGCGCGACAUCCCCCUUCCGUAUAAAAUUCCGUCCGCGCACGCUCCGCCGCACUUCCUCUCUGGAGAUAUGCAGCUGGAGGAGCAACCCCCCGCCGUGGUUGUCUCUUCUGCCGAUCCGGAGCAGGGCGCCCCGCCUACCCCCGGUGCUUCGAUGCGGGCGCGCAACAUCUCCCGCGUGGGCAGUCUGAUCACCUACGCGCACACGCAGGAUUUCCAGCGGAGAAAGCCGGCCGGCGCCGCGUCCCCUGCCGUUGCGGCCGGGGUUGAAGCGGCGGAGACGCCUGACGAUACGAGUGACGAGGAUGACGGCUCGGUUGUAUCGGGAGCAUAUAUAGACGCUGACCGUGCUAUUUCCGAAGAGCUCCCGUUUCGAGAUGCGGAGGUGGGGUGA